GACUUCCGGUUCCUGUUCCGGGCGCCUGUUUGUUGUGGAGGCCGCAGCUUGGUGGUGUCCGGGAGGCUUGGGGAACCCAUUUCUGGCAUUUGCUGGGGGGAGCAGGGCUCCCGACAUCCGAAGGCUGCAGACAUGGCGGCGUCCACCGCGGCGGGAAAGCAGCGCAUUCCUAAAGUGGCCAAGGUCAAAAACAAAGCGCCGGCGGAAGUGCAGAUCACCGCGGAGCAGCUGCUCCGGGAAGCCAAGGAGCGUGAGCUCGAGCUGCUCCCGCCGCCACCGCAGCAGAAGAUCACCGAUGAGGAAGAGUUAAACGAUUACAAGCUAAGGAAGAGGAAGACUUUCGAAGAUAACAUAAGAAAAAACAGGACUGUAAUUAGUAACUGGAUCAAAUACGCACAAUGGGAGGAGAGUCUGAAAGAGAUUCAAAGGGCUCGAUCCAUAUACGAGCGUGCGUUAGAUGUAGACUACCGAAAUAUUACACUCUGGCUGAAAUAUGCAGAAAUGGAAAUGAAGAAUCGCCAGGUUAAUCAUGCCCGUAAUAUCUGGGACCGGGCCAUAACAACUCUGCCACGAGUCAACCAGUUCUGGUACAAGUACACCUACAUGGAGGAGAUGCUGGGGAACAUUGCUGGGGCGCGGCAGGUGUUUGAACGCUGGAUGGAAUGGCAGCCGGAGGAGCAAGCCUGGCACUCCUACAUCAACUUUGAGCUGAGAUACAAAGAGGUAGAACGGGCCCGCACCAUUUAUGAGCGAUUUGUCCUUGUGCACCCUGAUGUUAAGAAUUGGAUUAAGUAUGCCCGCUUUGAAGAGAAACAUGCUUAUUUUGCCCAUGCUCGGAAAGUGUAUGAGCGGGCUGUUGAGUUCUUUGGAGAUGAGCAUAUGGAUGAACACCUGUAUGUUGCCUUUGCCAAGUUUGAAGAAAACCAGAAAGAAUUUGAACGAGUGCGUGUGAUCUACAAGUAUGCCCUGGAUAGAAUUUCAAAGCAGGAGGCCCAAGAGCUCUUCAAAAAUUACACCAUCUUUGAGAAGAAGUUUGGUGACAGACGUGGAAUUGAAGAUAUCAUUGUGAGCAAACGGAGAUUCCAGUAUGAAGAAGAGGUGAAGGCUAAUCCACACAAUUAUGACGCAUGGUUUGACUACUUGCGCUUGGUGGAAAGUGAUGCGGAAGCUGACACUGUGCGGGAGGUCUACGAGAGAGCCAUUGCCAACGUGCCGCCCAUUCAGGAGAAGAGGCACUGGAAGCGCUACAUCUACCUGUGGAUCAACUACGCCCUCUACGAGGAGUUGGAGGCAAAGGAUCCCGAGAGGACAAGACAGGUGUAUCAAGCCUCUUUGGAACUAAUUCCUCAUAAGAAGUUCACAUUUGCCAAAAUGUGGUUGUAUUACGCACAGUUUGAAAUCAGACAGAAAAAUUUACCUUUUGCCAGAAGAGCUUUGGGGACUUCCAUAGGCAAAUGUCCAAAGAACAAAUUAUUUAAAGGUUACAUAGAAUUGGAACUGCAGCUUCGAGAAUUUGACAGAUGCCGGAAGCUUUACGAAAAGUUUCUGGAAUUUGGACCUGAAAAUUGUACUUCCUGGAUUAAAUUUGCAGAAUUAGAGACAAUUCUUGGUGAUAUUGACAGAGCCCGGGCAAUCUACGAAUUAGCCAUCAGCCAGCCACGCUUGGAUAUGCCAGAGGUGCUGUGGAAGUCAUAUAUUGAUUUUGAAAUUGAGCAGGAAGAAACUGAAAGAACACGAAAUCUUUACCGACAGUUGCUUCAAAGGACACAGCACGUCAAGGUAUGGAUCAGUUUUGCUCAGUUUGAGUUGUCUUCAGGAAAAGAAGGAAGUUUGACUAAAUGCAGACAAAUUUAUGAAGAGGCUAACAAGACCAUGCGGAAUUGUGAAGAAAAAGAAGAGAGACUUAUGCUGCUGGACUCUUGGCGGAAGUUUGAGGAUGAAUUUGGAACUGUAGCAGAUAAGGAAAGAGUAGACAAACUCAUGCCAGAGAAGGUCAAGAAGAGAAGAAAGGUCCAGACUGAUGAUGGGUCUGAUGCAGGCUGGGAAGAAUACUACGAUUACAUCUUUCCAGAAGAUGCUGCCAACCAACCCAACCUCAAGCUGCUGGCCAUGGCCAAGCUUUGGAAGAAACAGCAGCAGGAGAAGGAAGCUGCUGAGCAGGACCCUGAUAAGGAUGUUGAUGAGAGUGACCCCUGACCUUUUUUCAUAUUGAUAAAUGUUUUAUUAUUUUUAUAAAUUAAUAGUUUGGAACUGUUGCGACUUCCAGAAGUUUUUUUUUUUACUGGUUUACCACCAAGGAAUGGAUUGGAAACUU